AUGAGCGGCGGGGAGGUGGUCUGCUCGGGCUGGCUCCGAAAGUCCCCACCGGAGAAGAAGUUGAAACGCUACGCAUGGAAGAGGAGAUGGUUUGUGCUUCGCAGCGGCCGUUUAACAGGGGAUCCAGAUGUAUUGGAAUACUACAAAAAUGACCAUGCCAAGAAGCCUAUCCGUAUUAUUGACUUAAAUUUGUGUCAACAAGUGGAUGCUGGAUUAACGUUCAACAAAAAAGAGUUUGAAAACAGUUAUAUUUUUGAUAUCAACACUAUAGACAGAGUUUUCUAUUUGGUAGCAGACAGCGAGGAGGAGAUGAAUAAGUGGGUUCGAUGUAUCUGUGAUAUCUGUGGGUUCAACCCUACAGAUGAGGAUGCUGUGAAGCCACCAGUCAGUUCCUUACAACCAUCUGCUGAGUUACCCUUGCCCAUCAACACUUCACCGCCUUCCAUGCAAGCAGAAUCUUCCCUACCUCCUCCUUAUCAGCUUAUUAACAUCCCCCCACUGGAGUCUUCCUCUGGUCAAGAAGAUCCUCAAGACUACCUACUGCUAAUAAACUGUCAAAGUAAAAAACCUGAACCUAUGAGAUCUCAUGCUGACUCAGCAAAAUCCAGCUCUUCUGAAACAGACUGCAAUGAUAAUGUGCCCUCCCACAAAAAUCCUGCUCCAUCAGCGAGCAAGCAUGCUGUGAAUGGCUUUUUUCAGCAGCAAGGUGUCUAUGACUCUCCACCUUCUCGUACUGGACUGACACUGGCAGACUGCAGCCUUUAUAACCUGCCUAGGAGUUACUCACAGGAUGUUUUACCGAAGGCAGCAUCUCCAUCUGGGACUGAUGCAGAAGGAGAGCAACAUGUUUUCAAUACCCCGUCAGCAGCAUCUUCAUUAGACACACAGAUGAGACACAUCUCCAUUAGCUAUGACAUUCCCCCCACACCUGGAGGUACUUACCAGAUUCCACGAACUUUUCCAGAGGGAACGUUGUCUCAGACUUCAAAACUGGAGACUAUUCCAGAUAUUCCUCCACCUCGGCCACCAAAACCUCACCACGCUGCAGAUCGAUCUCCUGUGGAAACAUGUAGCAUUAGUCGCACUGCUUCAGACACUGAUAGUAGUUAUUGCAUCCCUACAGCAGGAAUGCCACCCUCGCGCAGUAAUACCAUUUCAACUGUAGAUUUGAAUAUCUUUCGUAAAGAAAUUAGUUCUCAAGACUGUUACGAUAUUCCACGAACGUUUCCGAAUGACAGAUCUAAUUCACUGGAGGGCUUCCAUAACCACUUUAAAAACAGAAGCAUGUUGACAGUGGGAAGUGUUUCAAGUGAAGAACUAGAUGAAAAUUAUGUCCCAAUGAAUCCCAACUCUCCUCCACGACAGCAUUCCAGCAGCUUCACUGAACCCAUCCAGGAAACAAACUAUGUACCAAUGACACCAGGCACGUUUGAUUUUCCGUUAUUUGGAAAGCAAGUCCCUCCUCCUGCUCACAUGGGUUUCAGGUCGAGUCCAAAGACCCCUCCCAGACGGUCAGUACCUGUUGCAGAAUGUGAACCACCGCCAGUGGAUCGGAACCUCAAACCAGACAGAAAAGCAAAACCAGCUCCACUAGAAAUAAAACCUCUGCCUGAAUGGGAAGAAUUACAAGCUCCAGUUAGAUCUCCUAUCACCAGAAGCUUUGCACGAGACUCCUCCAGGUUUCCCAUGUCUCCCAGACCGGAUUCAGUUCAUAGCACAACUUCCAGCAGUGACUCGCACGACAGUGAAGAGAAUUAUGUAUCCAUGAAUCCAAAUCAGUCCACUGAAGAUCCAAACUUGUUUGGAAGCAACAGUCUUGAUGGAGGAAGCAGCCCUAUGGUAAAACCUAAAGGAGAUAAACAAGUAGAAUAUUUAGAUCUGGACCUAGACUCGGGAAAAUCUACCCCACCUCGUAAGAAAAAGAGCAGUGGUUCAGGCAGCAGCGUGGCAGAUGAAAGAGUUGAUUAUGUUGUGGUCGACCAGCAGAAAACGCUAGCACUGAAGAGCACACGAGAGGCUUGGACUGAUGGGAGACAGUCUACAGAAUCUGAAACACCUACAAAAAGCGUGAAAUGAAAAUACUGCUUUUUCUUCAAAGAACAGAAAAGAAUGGAUUUUGAAGAAUUACAGAACCACAAUGGCAGUGUUGUUCGACUGUACAGUACCUGAUUCACUGGUGUGUGAAUAGGUUCUUGACCGAAUAGGGUGGAAGCCAAAGGACGCUUUGAAUAUAUCAAAGGAAUUUUAAGAUCGUAAAUUGUCUCUGUGGUCUCUGGAAAAAUUGCAACCUGUAAAUAACAUGUAAAAUAGUAUCGCUUAGCUUUCAGAAAACCUUUUGUUCUGUAGUUAACACAUUUGUAGUAUUACUAUGUUUAUGCACUUUUCAGUUACGAUGUUGGUUCAGGUAUUCCCAGUUAGUGUACCUUAACGCCUAAUUCAUCUGGAGAAUUUUUUUUUUUUUCCUUACACUACUAUUCCUUACAAUUUUAGGUUAAUUAAGCUACAUGUAGAUACAGAAAUUAAUAUUUGAACUUCCUUUUAACAACUUAAAAUUGAUUUUGCGGAAAUAGUUUCACAAUUGAAUAAUCUACUUGAAAUGCCAAGAGAUGACCGUUAGCUACAUACUUGUUUAUAUUUAAUACAUGCAAGAUUAUCUGGAAGUCUACAGGUUACCUUCCUAACAAAAAUUGCUGUGAGUUAAUAAUAAUGAACUGUACUGGGUUUAGACCUACAAUCCUGGCUUAUAUGUUAGUUGUUAGUGGUGGAACUCCUAUUGUAUUUUAUUAAUGACAGUGUUCUGUGUUCAAUGGGUGAAGAUUCUGCAGGGUGGGAUCUUACACUUUUAAAGACUGAAUAAUUAAAUAUCAAGUAAGCCUGCAAACCACUGAUGGCAUGCAGUAAUAUUGUGAUCUCACACUUAUUAACAAGAAAUAACCUUUAUAUUAUUUACAGAAGGUAGAGUAUAUAAAUCAGGUACGUACCAAGCACUAUUGUGCUAAUACACUGAUCAGGUUUAGACAAUGAGCUUUAGUUUUGUACUAUUUAGAAGUUCUAAUGUCAGUUUUCAGUUCAAGAUUAAUGGGACAGUUUGACAUUCACUGUUUGUAGUACUAGCAAAAUACUGUGAUUUUGAAUUAGACAUUAAUUCAAAUGGAAAUACUAUGUUUUGACACCAUAGUGCCCUUCUUAUGAUCUCUAUUUUACUUUAAUCUCCUGCUUGGCCUUAUAUUUAAAUCCCUAUGCAACUGAUAUUUUAUAUCUCUGUUUUUAAAAAUUAGAUAAUAUACUUAAACGAUCCCCUUGUAAACCACUUGUUGCUCUUUCCUGGUACAGGAUUUUAAGCUCUGUAUACUGUGAUCCUUUAUUUUACUAUGCCAGUUCCAAAUAAUAAUCUGCCUUGGUUUA